AUGGCACGCCUUCGCUACAACGUCGCAGCAAGUCUCGACGGCUACAUCGCAUCACCAGAUGGUUCAACAACCUGGAUCAUUGAAGAUCCCACCAUUGACUUCCCCGCGCUGCACGCAGAAUUCGACCACUUCAUCAUGGGCCGCAAGACAUACGAAGUCAUGCAAUCCUUUGGCGCUGACAAUCCACUAUCAAAACGGCCCAAAGAAUCAGUCAUAGUAGCCAGUCGCACCAUGUCCCAGCACAAUUUCCCCGAUGUCACAGUCAUACGAGAAAACGUGCUUGAUUACAUCAGACACCUGAAGACGAAUGAUGGGAAAGAUAUUUGGCUUAUGGGCGGUGGUCAGCUCGCAGCCCAGUGUCUAGAAGCCCAUCUAGUGGAUACCGUCGAAGUCGCGAUAAUGCCCACGCUUCUCGGCACCGGAAUAAACCUCAUUUCCUCCCUCCCGCAAAACAUAAAACUUCAGCUAUUGAAAAGCACGAGCCUCGGCAGUGGGAUCCUCAUGACUCAAUACAAAGUCAUACAAGACCAGUAA